CUGACAGCGCGCGCACACAGCAGACCGCUGCCUGGAGCGACACAUAUAUCUGUUCUAUCAGGAUUUUAGAGAAAGACAUAUUUCAUACGGACACUUUCUACUACUGUUGUUUUUUUGUUCUUUCCUUUUUUAUAUAUAUAUAUUAUUGCAUUUAAUCCCAACAAUUACCACCGAGCAACUUUGUAAGGUGGACAUGGAGCCCUACACGGUCCCUGGAGCGCAGCUCCCCCUGUCUGACCUGCUGUACUCCGUCGUCCCCUCUAACGGUACCUUCCCGGAGGAAGGCGAGCUGAACUCCACGGAGCCGGAGAGCCCAGUGAGGAGCGCGGGGGAGAUGAUGAUCGCCGUGUCCAUCACGGCGCUCUACUCGGUCAUUUGCGUCGUGGGACUGCUGGGCAACGUCCUCGUCAUGUACGGGGUGGUCAGAUACACCAAGAUGAAGACUGCCACAAACAUCUACAUCUUUAACCUGGCCCUGGCCGAUGCCCUGGCCACCAGCACGCUGCCUUUCCAGAGCGCCAAAUACCUGAUGAACACCUGGCCCUUUGGGGAAGCCCUGUGCAAGCUCAUCAUCGCCAUCGACUACUACAACAUGUUCACGAGUAUCUUCACCCUCACUAUGAUGAGCGUGGACCGCUACAUCGCUGUGUGCCAUCCUGUGAAGGCGUUGGGCUUUCGCACGCCGGUCAAGGCUAAGAUGAUCAAUGUCUUGAUCUGGGUCUUGUCGUCAGCAAUUGGCGUGCCCAUUAUGGUUAUGGCUGUGACCAGAGUGACAGAGGCGGGUAACAUCGCGUGCAUUUUGAAAUUCCCUGAACCUGACUGGUACUGGGACACCGUGACUAAGAUCUGCGUCUUUCUCUUUGCCUUCGUGGUCCCCGUCAUGGUCAUCACCAUUUGUUAUGGCCUGAUGAUCCUGCGUCUGAGGAGCGUCCGUCUGCUCUCGGGCUCCAAGGAGAAAGACCGCAACAUGCGGCGAAUCACCCGAAUGGUCCUGGUGGUGGUGGCAGCCUUCAUCGUCUGCUGGACCCCCAUCCACAUUUUUAUCAUGGUGCGGACAAUGGUGGACAUCAACACCAGGAAUCCCUUCGUAGUGGCCAGCUGGCACUUGUGCAUCGCCCUGGGCUACACCAACAGCAGCCUCAAUCCUGUCCUCUAUGCAUUUUUGGACGAAAAUUUCAAGCGGUGCUUCAGGGAUUUCUGUUCGCCCUGUCGGACGCGGAUGGAGCAGAACAGUGUGACCAGCGCCCGCAACACCACCAGAGAGCCGGUGUCUGUCUGUGCUCCGACGGAGGCAGGAAGGAAGCCCGCAUGACUAGCAAUGGAGAGAGUCCCCCAUAGCUCUAACACGAGGAGGAUCCAUCAAGACCUGCAAUCACAGGAUACCCUGAUCUCCACAACAGAGUUUUGAAGGUUUGCUACACGGAACAACACGGUCGAGGCACGCAUUUUCCCCAGUGAGGAACAAUAUCUGAACUUAGGGUGUUUCUUUUUUGCAUGAAAUGCCAAGCAAACAGAGUGAUUUUGACAGAUAGUCCAAAAUCCAUGAUGCUCCAGGAAAAUUUAUGAAACUGUUGGUUUUCAGCUUUUAGCUCAGCGUAAGAGAGCGGUAGAGGUCUUGAGGAAAACAGCAACAGCUGGUACACACAGAGGGAAACAUUUUGAAUGAUUGCUUGGGCAAGAUGAAGCAUCCACAACAACAAAAAAAACAUUUCAGUGUUUUGGACGUUGACAGAUGAAGUGAGAAAUAAACGAAAGACUAAACCACUGGGUCAAAUAAGAAGGUCCCAACAAUCUGUGCCAAAAGAGAACUACUGAUUAGAAGAAUUAGAGGGAUUUCAGAAGAUAUUUAGAAAUAUGAUCAGAAUACAUUUUUGGUGGAUUUUAGCUUGGAUUGGAAACAAAGGAAAAUACGUAUCAAAGAACUAAUGAGCUUGGAUUUGGGAUACCUCCUUUUUUUGUCUCUGCCUUUUGUGGUAUGAAAUCUUGACAGUAUUCAACGGGCCACAGGGGACCACCAUUAGCACCCUCAACCCCAACAAUGCUUAACGCAGUAGUCCAAGACCUUUGAUGCUGUCUGUGAUGAUCUGUUAUAUUAUCCCACAAUGGUCAAAUAAUAACAAGAGAAAUCUGUCAUCAGUGUCGCUUAAUAUCUGUUGGACACUUCAGAAAAGGGGUGUAGUAUUCAUUAAUGUGGUGACUCACUCUGGGAAAUUCACCCCCCUCGACGGACACCAUUUAUGGAAGCCUAGAUGAUUAUAAUUAAUGAUGAAGUCACCUUAGCACAUAUGGCUUACAGAAGUGGUUAUAUAAAAAGUCUGAUCGAGUUCUAAUGCAGGUUUUCUUUAAAGCAUGUAAGAUUUUUCCUUACGUUAUGUAUCUAAAUUAUGACAAUUCGAGAGAUAUUGGGAGGAUAUAAAACACAUCUGAACUAUUAUGUAGGCCUGCAAAAUUAUUCAUCUUUUUUCACAUUUUUGUUGCAUUAUAACCACAACCUUCAGUGUAUAUUCGUUGGGUUUUAUGUGACAGAACAACACGUCUGAAAAUUUCACGUGAAACACAUUUGUAUUCAGGGAACCUGAGUUAGUCCUCGGUAGAACCACCUUUUGCUGAAAAUGCAGCUGCAAGUACAUUGGGAUAUGUGUUAGGGAUGUAUGAUAUAUAGGUAUUAACAUCGGUAUCGGCCACCGCUAGUAAUUUUUCAACAUAUUGGUAUUGGUCCGAUAAGUGAAACUGGGUGGAUAUUAACAGAAUCUAGGCCGAUGCUUAUUUACAACUAGUUGCCCUUUGUGCCUGUGUUUCAGGAGGGGAAGGGGGGGAUGGUCAUGUGUUUUUUGUUUGGUCAUGUGACAGUGACAGUGAUGCAUCGCA